AUGGAAAACAGGCAGCCUAAGCAGCUUGUAUUCAAGGGCCGUCAGGAGACAGCGCUUGAGCUCGCUCCCAGCAACUGUGAAGCCGAUGCAGAGCCGCCUGUUCUUCACAUUGCACAGGUUGCCAGCAUCUCUGACGAGGACUGGCUGCACGAUCAUGACCUCGAGGAUGCCCUUGUUGGUCAGAAGGCAAAGGCGUCAGCAAGCUGGGGUGUCUUCUUCGGUUUGACGUACACUUCAGUUGGGGUCGUCUAUGGUGACCUAGGCACGAGCCCCAUGUACUUGUGGCAGACAUGUUUCAGCUUUCCAGCUACUGAAAGCGAUAUCGUUGGGGCCUUGAGCCUGGUUCUAUGGACCCUCACGCUUAUUGUGGUGUUCAAAUACGUUGUCAUCGUCCUGUGCGCCAACGACCAAGGAGAAGGUGGCACCUUUGCGGUGUAUUCCCUGCUCUGCCGCCACGCAAAGAUCACACCUUUUGGCAACCUCCACGACUCCGACAAGGGCCUUUCGCAAUACUCCAAGGAAGGCGCCAAGGAACGCAGGCGGCUUCCGAAGAAGCUUGCAGCAGCGCUAGAAGGAAGUCCGCUCUUGCAGAAUGUUCUGUUGACCUUUGUGCUGUGCGGCACAUGCGCAUUAGCAGGGGACGGAGUGCUGACGCCCCCUGUUUCGGUCCUCUCAGCUAUGACCGGCCUGCAAGUUCCUACCGUGCUUUUAAACGCGGAUGGCUCAACAAAAAUCUCGAAUGGUGUGGUCAUCGGAGCUACGUGCGCUGUCCUAAUUGGGAUUUUUCUAAGCCAGCAGUUUGGCACCAGCAAAAUCGGCUACGUCUAUGCUCCUAUCCUCAUUGUCUAUUUCGUUGUUAACGCCUCGAUCGGGGUGUAUAACAUAUCGAAGUGGGAGCCUUCCAUUUUCAAGGCGUUCUCUCCAUCCUACGGCAUCGAUUACCUGGUGCGCAACAAGUUCAACGGCUGGAAGAGCCUUGGUGGCAUCUGCCUAGCUAUCACCGGCGUAGAAGCUCUCUUCGCUGACUUGGGGCACUUCAACGUGUCGUCAAUCAGAGCUAGUUCAAUGUUCCUCGUUUACCCCAGCCUGCUACUUAUCUACCUCGGCCAAGGCGCGUACCUCUCGAAGAACCCUGGGGAUGUGUCCCAGGCUUACUACAAGGGAAUACCAACCCCGGUCUAUUGGCCGGUCUUUGUCCUUGCCAUGUUGGCAUCCAUCGUUGCGAGCCAGGCUAUCAUUGCAGGCACUUUCUCUGUGCUCGCCCAGUCUGCCCGCCUCAACUGCUUCCCCCGGGUGAAGGUAGUUCACACGUCCAAGGUGGUAGAAGGCCAGAUCUACAUCCCCGAAGUCAACUGGAUUCUGAUGGUUCUCGGGCUUGCCUGCGUUCUGGGGUUCUCCCUCCCCCAGCCCAGCGACCAGCCAGUCAAUGGCGAGGCACUCGGCAACGCCUUUGGGAUCGCGGUGAUGUUCGUAAUGGUCAUUACGACGUGCCUCGUCACGCUUGUGAUGCUGCUCGUAUGGAACGUGCGCCCGCUGCUCGCCGCCGCCUUCUUCGGCUUCUUCUUUGUCUUCGAGAUGGUCUUUCUCUCAGCCAACGUAUACAAGGUCGAGCACGGCGGCUGGUUCCCGCUCGCGAUCGCCGUCAUCGUGUUCGGCAUCAGCUACGUCUGGCACUGGGGCUCGACGCAGCGCUGCUUGCACAGCGCCAAGCUGGGGAGCCAACUGGAGGACGUCAUUGUUGCUGAGAAGAACGAGAUUGAGGAGGCCCCGCAGACAGCACCGUCCGACUCCGUCAAGGUUUGCCUCAAGAGCUCGGGCCACAGGAUAUAUGCCGCUCGGGGGGCCGCCCUCUUCUACUGCGACACUCUACACCACCUUCCCCCCAUCUUUGCAUUCUCGCUCGAAGCCAUGCCCACGGUCCACGAGAUUACGGUGUUCCUGACCAUUCGACAGGUCCCUGUCCCCCACGUCCUUCAAAAGGAGCGCCUCCUGGUGAAGCCCAUGGCGUACCCCGGCUUCUACUGGGUGCUCGCGCGCUACGGCUACCUGGACCAGCCCAACCACUCCGCCGCUUUCGCGCGCCAAGUCCUCAAGACCAUCGCGCACUAUCUUGAGCACGGAUCCAGCUGCCCGGACCUUCAGGCGCUGGAUCCCGACGGGCAGGACCCCACGUGGUCGCUCUCUCGAGCCGCCUCCAGAAAGCUGAACCCGAGAAUCGCCCUCGCCGGAACACAACUGAAUGGGACGGAGCAGAACGGAAUGCCGGACCUCACGCUGACGGACGCCUCAAAGGCCCUAGGUCUUAGUCCGCCUCCUUCCGAGGCGUCGUUUGAAAACGUAGAAUCCAAGCCGCCCCUCUUCAAACCAGCCUCCCAAAAGCCAGCGAACACAACGAUUGACGAGAACGGGAUUUCCGCAGAUGAGCAGGACCUGUUACCGGACGAUACUGGCGUCGAGAUAUCGGACUAUGCACGACAGGUGAAGCUGCUGAAGGACGCGCAGCGCCAGCGCAUCCUGUACCUGAAGACAAGGUCCGUCGUGAGGGCCGCGAAGGAUUCCAGCGUCCUGCGAAAGUUCGUCUUGGAGUCAGCUUACAACGGCCUAUUGAACCUGAGCCGGUCGCCAGCACAUAUUCUCAACAUCCCGUACUCGCAGCUCUUAGAGUUGGCCAUGGUAUAUGAGCUUUAGCUACAUAUUCUCACUGCUGUACUUAUUGAUCGCGAGGCAUUACCUAAACAAGCACGCAAGUUUAUCGACUUGGAAGGAAGUUGACACACUGACAUUCAUUGAAUAAGAUGCGAUACUACGUCGUCUGCCUCAAAGGAGCCAAGACGUACUUGUAAUUUAGAAAAGCUCACUUCUGCACCCGCGGUGAGCUGUGCUCGUCUAACUGUUUUAGUAUACAAGGUCGUGCUGCAAUUUAUCUGGUAUACUAUGUGGUGACAUUGAACAUCAGGUUCGAGACAUUCCGUUAAUAUUGACACCGUUGAUGACCGUCGGAACUCUUGCAAGGUCGUUCUAGCAACUUGAAAUUUCUAUACCGUGACGCAGACUCGGAG